AUGGAGAAGGUCAUAUUUAUGCAAGACAAUGCAAGCUCCCACAAGGCCCAUAUUGUACAAGACUGGUGCCAAGAGAAUGGCUUAGAGGUCUUUGAGUGGCCUGCUAACUCCCCAGACCUCAAUCCAAUUGAAAACCUUUGGGAUCAAAUCAAGAGGGAACUUUAUAGCUAUGAAACCCCUGCAAGCGGGAUGUUGGAGUUAUGGGAGAGGGUGCAGGAGAUUUGGGACAAAGUUAGUGCCCAGAAGUGCCAGGAUUUGAUAGAGUGUAUGCCUAGGAGGAUUCAGGCUUGCAUCAAAGCCAAAGGUGGCCCAACCAAGUAUUGA